AUGGACGCCCAGCAGGUCAACUCGCGUGCGCUCCACGAUGAGCGUCUGGCCUACGACACGGCGGGUGGUGGUCCAGGCAGUCGAGGCCAAGGCCACGGCUCUGAAGCCGGGAGCGACGCAGAUGGCAUCGACAGCUACAACCGCGACGGAUCGCAGCAGCAGCGUCUCGAGCAAAAGCAGGACGGCGCGGCGCUGGAGAAGCGGGCAACGCGGGUCUCCACGGCCUCGUAUGAGGAGACGUACCCCGAGGGCGGGCUGCAGGCCUGGCUCGUCGUCCUGGGCGGCUGGUUCGCCAUGAUCUCGUCCAUGGGCCUGAUGAACACGGUCGGCAUCUUCCAGGCCUACACGCUCAGCCACCAGCUCCGCGACCACAGCGAGGGCACUGUCGGCUGGAUCUUCUCCAUCUACACCUUCCUCGCCUUCUUCGGCGGCGUCUACAUCGGGCCCGUCUUUGACAAGUACGGCCCGCGGUGGCUCGUCGUCGCCGGCUGCGCAAGCACCACGGCCGGCGUCUUGGCCAUGAGCUUCUGCACAGAGCUAUGGCAGUUUGUCCUCUCCUUCGGCGUGCUCGCCGGCUUCGGCACCUCGCUCCUCUUCACCCCGUGCAUCGCCGCCGUCGGCCACUGGUUCCGGCGCCGGCGGGGCUUCGCGACGGGCAUGGCAUCGACGGCCGGCGGCAUCGGCGGCAUCAUCUUUCCCCUCAUGCUGACGUCGCUCUUCGACAGCAUCGGCUACGCCUGGGCCACGCGCGUCCUCGCCCUCAUUUGCCUCGUCUGCGGCCUGCUGGGCAUCCUCCUCGUGCGCUCACGCCUGCCGCCCGCCCAAAACGCCACGGCCCAUCCCGAUUUCCGCAUUUUCCGCCAGGUCCCCUUUACCCUCACCACCGUCGCCAUCUUCCUCCUCGAGUUCUCGCUCUUCAUCCCCCUCACCUUCAUCUCGACCUAUGCCAUGCACCAGGGCUUCAGCCAGUCGUUUGCCUUUCACCUGCUGCCCAUCAUGAACGCCGGCUCCGUUCUCGGCCGGGCCUUGCCGGGCUACUACUCGGACGUCGUCGGGCCCUUCAACACCUGCCUCUUCUCCGUCCUGCUCUCCCUCGUCGCCUGCCUGUGCGUCUGGCUGCCGCUCGGCCACACGCGGGCCGGCAUCAUCACCUUUUCCGUCAUCUUCGGCUUCGGCAGCGGCACCUGCAUCGGCAUCGCCCCCGUCUGCAUCGGCCGCAUGUGCAAGACGCAGAACUACGGCCGCUACUACGCCACCUGCUACACCGUCGUCUCGUUUGCCUGCCUGAUCGGCGUCCCCAUCGGCGGCAGCAUUGUCCAGGCCAGCGGCGGCUCCUACACGACACUGAUUAUCCUGACGGGCGCCAUCUACGUCGGCUCCGCCGCCAGCAUGAUGCUGGCCAAGGUGUGGCAUCUCGGCUGGAAGAACUGGAUGGCAGUGUACUGA